AGCAACAUUUCACUCUCAUCCAGCAGCCACGCCGAGUGUUACAAACUAUCUGGAGAGACAUCAGGAAUGUGUUUCCUUACAUCAGACCUCCAGCUUCACAUCCUCAAGGACAUUCAGUAGAUAUAUCAGAAUCUUCAUCAUCUUCAUCAUCAUGUCUAUAAAGACAGACGUAACCCCUAAUAAAUGGGCGAUGGUGAGAGGUCGACUCGGCUCGUCUCAAGACUCCGACUCUUCGCAGGAUGCCAACCUGGAGAACGCAGACGCAGAACUUUGCAUCCGUCUGCUGCAGGUGCCCUCCGUGGUCAACUACUCCGGUCUGAAGAAACGUCUGGAGAGGAGCGACAAGGUCUGGAUGGUGCAGUUUCUGGAGCUCUCCGGACUGGACCUGCUCCUGGAGGCUCUGGACCGGCUGUCGGGUCGAGGCUGCUCUCGAAUCUCAGACGCUCUGCUGCAGCUGACCUGCGUUAACUGCGUGAAAGCCGUCAUGAACUCCUCAGCUGGGAUUCACUUCAUCGUGGACAACGAGGGUUACGUGCGCAAACUAUCUCAGGCUCUGGACACCUCCAACACGAUGGUGAAGAAGCAGGUAUUUGAGCUGCUGGCGGCCCUCAGUAUGUUCUCUUCAGAAGGACACAGACUGGCUCUGGAUGCCCUCGAACAUUACAAGUCUGUAAAGAUUCAACAGUAUCGCUUCAGUGUGGUUAUGAAUGAGCUCCAGACUACAGAUAAUGUGCCUUAUAUGGUGACUCUUCUGAGCGUCAUCAACGCCUUCAUCUUCAGCAUCGAUGACCUGCGUCAGAGAGACAAAAUGCGGCAGGAGUUUAUUGGAUUACAGCUGCUUCAGCUACUGCCAAAGCUAAGGGAACAGGAUGAUGAAGACUUGAUCAUUCAGUGUGAGGCGUUUGAAGAGGCCAUGUCUGACGAUGAAGAGGAGCUCCUGAGGGUUUAUGGUGGGAUUGAUAUGAAUGACCCUCAGGAGGUUUUCACAUCACUCUUCACUAAAGUUAGCAGUUUCCCAUCAUCCCUACAGCUGUUGUCUAUAUUACAAGCAUUACUGCUGUUGGGUCCUGAGCGAGUGGAUAUCUGGCAGGCUCUGGAGGUUCUUAGUAACCGAGCCAUUAUGAUAGCACAGAACUCUGAGAUGGAAUCGUGUGAGAAGAUACUGCAGCGCCUCAUCUUUGCAAAGGAAUCGUCCAAAGGUUCUUUUGAGGUUGAUAGUCGUGUGCACCACAAAAAGAAUCAAGCCAUUCAGACUGAGAUGAAUGAUGAGAAACUACAAUGUUCCUGCAGAUCAACCAGUCAGGAACCACUCAGCAAGAUUUCAACACCACCAACCUCUCUACCGGGUGUGGGUUCUGCUGUCAUCUCAACAGUGCCUUUAAAAACAGCAGCUGUGCCUCCACCGCCACCACCACCACCUCCUCCUCCUCCUCCUUUACCAGGGAUGGGCUUUGGAGGUCUGCCACCACCUCCUCCUCCUCUACCAGGGAUGGGCUUUGGAGGUCCUCCCCCUCCUCCUCCUCUUCCAGGGAUGAGCUUUGGAGGUCCUCCACCACCACCUCCUCCACUGCCUGGAUUAGGAUGUCCUCCACCUCCACCAGGUUCUGGUCCACCGUGCCCUCCUCCUCCUCCAGGUAUGGGGGAUGUGAUUGUGGCAAAGAAUUUCCAGGCUCUUGGGCAGUGUUACAGCAUGCCUGUGAAGAGUGGCCCCUAUCCAACCCUACGAAUGAAGAAACUCAACUGGCAGAAACUGAAUUCCAGAGCAGUUACGGAUGGUGCUUCGAUGUGGUCAUCAGUUCCAGCUGAUUCUCCGUUAGAGCCGAACUACACCAGUAUUGAACAGCUCUUCUGUCUGCCCGUGUCUGAACCCAAAGACAAAAGCACUGUCGCUCCAACCAGAAAAGAAACCAAAGAGAUAUCCUUUAUUGAUGCCAAAAAGAAUUUGAAUCUGAAUAUAUUUCUUAAACAAUUCAAGUGCUCUAAUGAAGACUUUGUGAUGAUGGUGCAGAAAGGCGAUUGCUCUAAAUUUGAUGUGGAAUCCCUGAAACAGCUUCUUAAACUACUUCCAGAAAAACAUGAGAUCGACAACUUGAAGUCAUUUCAAGGAGAUCUAGACAAGCUGGCCAGUGUUGACCGGUUUUACCUCUUACUUUUGGCUGUACCAUGUUAUAAGCUGAGAAUUGAAUGCAUGUUAUUGUGUGAAGAGACUCAGUCUACACUGGAGAUCCUGAAGCCCAAAGUUCAGCUGAUAGAGUCGGGCUGUGAGAGUCUCAGACAAAGCUCUCUGCUGCCCAGUUUCUGUAAGCUUAUCCUUGAUGUCGGAAACUUUCUCAAUUAUGGAAGUCACACAGGAAAUGCUGAGGGAUUCAAGAUUGGUUCCCUAUUGAAACUCACAGAAACCAAAGCAAACAAGAGUCGCAUCACUCUCUUACAUCACAUACUGGAGGAAGCAGAAUUAAACCACCCAGAGCUGCUGAAUCUUCCAGAAGAAAUUGAGGCCUGUGAGAGAGCUGCUGGUAUAAAUCUGGACUCAAUCCAGUCCGAGACCUCUGCUCUUUUGAAACGGUUGAGAGAUGCUGAGAAGAAAGUUUCCUCUUCAGUUGAUGAUGUCAGAGAUCAGUUCACAGGACUCAUUCAGAAGAACCUGAUAGCGUGUGAAUCUCUUGAGGAGCGUUUUACUCGUCUAGAAAAGAAGAAGAGUGAUCUGGCUCAGUAUUUCUGUGAAGAUGUUUCUCAGCUCUCACUUGAGGAACUCUUCAGUAACAUCAAGAUCUUCCGUGUGCUCUUCGUCAAAGCACUGAAGGAAAACAAGAUUCGAAAAGAACAAGCUGCUAAAGCGGAGAAGCGCAAACAGCAGCUGGCGGAGGAGGACUCUAAGAGACAGAAAGGAGAAGAUGGAAAGAUUAUCAGACGAGGACCCCCGCCUCCGGAGGACGACUGUAUCAUUGACCAGCUCUUGGCGGAUAUACGAAAGGGUUUCCAUCUGAGAAAGACUCGUCCCAGGUGCGAAAUGGAAAGUGCGUCUUCUAGUGAAAUUCAUAGGGAUACGGGAGAGCCUGCAAGUGUCAUGUCUGUAGAAGAAACUGGCUCAUCUGCCAUCGGAGCAUCUCCAACAGUACAAGAUUCUACUCAAGAAGAUCCGGUCAAAGAUUUCGUCUUCAGUCCCAAAGGUGAACACACAUCGCCGGGUAACGGUGAGUCAGAGACUUGCUCCCGAGACGUACAGGAGACCCAGUCACCUGAAACCACAGAUAUCUCCACACAGCACAACCCCUCUGUGAGCACCGAAUCUGAGGAAAACACUUCUGUAGACACAUCAUUAUCAUUAUCAUCAGCUCAGGAGAAAAACAAUGUAAAUCAGACUGAUCCAUUACCCAGGUGCCUUACGCUGAAAAAUACAGAUCAACCAGAUGAAAACCAUAAUGGGAAUAAUAUCCGAGCAACAGGAGAGGAUUUGAAUGCAAAUCCAAUAAAGACGCCUGACCCUUUAAAUUCAGCUGCUUAUGUGGACUCAUGUCUCAACGGUGGCUGUGAAAAUAAUGACUCUGUAAAAGAAAAUAAUCAGGAUCAAGUGGAUGAAGCGAUUCAGUCCCGUGAUGAUCGUGUAGACUGCAAUGGAAACGAGUCGACGGAAAUCACUGUUGAAACGCAGCGGUCGCAUGAUGAACUAGAUGGAGAGCGCUCACAAACUCCACCCAGUCCUGAUGUAGACCCCGCCCCUGUGAAAGCUGAAAAUAAUAAACGUUUCUUUCAAAGAAACAAAAAAAGCAAUGAAGUGGAGGGUAACAGAAGGAAUGGACGCAGUAAAAAGGCGUGUGUGUUACAGUAAGGAAAAUUGAGGAAAAAGAAACUCAAAGGCAGAAGGAAAUGUUAAGCGCGUUCCUCCGGUGAUUCUGCUUUAAAUCUCCGGAAGCCUACAGACUGACCUGAGAUCAGCGCACACCACACACAAUCUGCACCUUAUACAGUGGAGGACCAAUUUAUGGCGUGCUUACAAGAAACACAUUGUGUAUUUGUGUUUGGUUUAACAAAAUAUGUAUUUUUAAAUGCAAAUUUUGACCUAACUUUGUUUUAAAAAUUUGCACACCAUAAGAUAAGUUUGAUACACAAAAAUUGUUUACAUGCAUUACAAGAGUAUUUAAAGAGUUGGAUGUAAAGAAUAAUCAUUAAUCAUGGAUUAUAGCUGUGUGUUUUUACAAAACAUUUAAUAUGCUUUGCUACCGCUGGAAAUUAAGACAUGUACUGUUUACUAAUAAUAUUGCUCUGAAUGUAAACUUUAUACGUUAUGAAUAUUUUGGUAUUACCAAUUAAAGUAUUAGUUUGUAUAAAUUCUAAAAUAAUAAUGUAAUAAAAAUGCCUACCUGUAACAAACAUUAUUAGGAUUGUAUUUAGAAUUUGUGGUGGAUUAUGAAAUCAUUCACGUCACGUGUAAGUUUCGUAUGGAUGUCAGGAUGUAUUUCAUGCCUAUCAAGAGUAUGCUCAAUUUAUAAAUUAUAUAAAUAAAAAUGUGCAAAUAA